CUCACAUUUGGUAACCACAGAACAAGCUGGUGUCUCAGCUGUUGCUCAUAGACAUCAACUGGAGGUGAUGCUACAACAGAGAGAAGAUGAUGUUUUUCACCUGAAUAAUCACUCUGACACAGAGGUGGUGAGAGCGAAAGCGCGGCUGUUCAGUCAGUCCACGUCCUCAAACGGGUCUGCAAAAUCAACCCCAGACAUUGGAGGCAAGCGGAGAGAAUUCCAUAAGACCUCACACUCCAGGCAUGCCUCUGAGAGUGACAGCAGAGCAGCCCCGGGUGACAAAAGACGAAGACCCUCGAUCCGAUUCGAUUACACCAGGAAGAAGCCCCGACCGAAAAGCAAGCUGAAGAUCCUCCCCCUGUCCUCAGCCAGCAGCGCUGAGGAGCCAGCCGUUGUCAAGCAUUCAACCCCAGUUCCAGAGUCUGUGUUCCAGCAACAAAAAUGCCUCCCUGCACCCAAAGACCAAGGUCUGGACAUUUCCCCAGUACCAGUUAAAACAUGGCAAGUUCCUGAUUCAGAAUCCUCCGUCUCCUCUGGAAACCCUGUAUUUGACCAAGCUGGCCAAGCCGCAGCUGGUGUAGAGGAGUGUAUCACUGGCAAAGUGACAGUAUCUCCCUCAGCAGUGAAAAGGAACAAGGACAUUCCAGCAGCAGUACUGGGCCUGGUGCCAGAGAAGCAGCAGAUGCUGCAGGAGGAGGACCAGCUUGGCUGCUGCCAGACACCCACAGUACUGUACCCCUCCAGCCCGCGAGACUGCACCAAGGAGAGGAUCACCACGAUGUUAACUGAAGGCAGUGAAUCAGAGAUGGAUUCCGGUGUAAUCUCUGCCUUUCAGACCUUUAAAAACCAGCUGAGGGAGCAUUUUGCGUCCAGAUAUCGGAAAAUAGAAUCGCAAUCCCUGGAGUCACUCUCAGAUUGUAAGAAGAAUGUGGCUUCACUACUGAGAACUGUGCAUAACCACAGGCUGAUGCACCUGGAAAGCUUCCACAGCACAGUAGUGACUGAGCUGGCCAACCUGGAGCAGGACUGCCACUCCCUGAAGGAGGUUGAGAGGGAAACUGUGAACUUCUGGAGAACUGAGUCGCAGACAGUGGAGCUGUUCUGUGACAGGCAGCAGAAAAGGUUGCAGUCACUGGAAUUGCUGCGGAAGAGCACAGGGAAGGAGGCAGAAGAAGAUGAUGUGGCAUCAUCUUCACAGGAAACUCCACUGGAGAAAGAUGGCAACAACGCGUUAUCUGCUAAAACACCUACCACAACUUAGGACUCACUGAGAUGUAUACUCAAAUUAGUUCUGAGGUAGCCAAGAUUAUUUGUAUUUGUUUUCACAAGACCGUUUUAUUUAUUGCUGGUACAGAAAUCUGUUGGUACCCAGCUGCAAUGUUAUGAACUGCUUUAUGAUUUAUUUCUGGCGCACAAAGAGAAGAGGGCGCUGAGCACUCGCUUUGAAAUAUUUAAACGCAGAAUAUUUCAAGCAGGCCAAUUGAAACUGGUGGGUGAUCAGGAACGCAGUGCAAAGACAUUCAGGUUGAAAGGUUUCUGUCCUUGUGUGUCAUUCAGCUCAUGGUCACAGGCAAUUCUUUAGUUCUU